AUGUGUGCAGGAAUUUGGCUGCCAGACGAUCGGAUUCGUUUUGAAGAUCCAAAUGAGCCAUUUUUGUGUUUGAUAUGUGAGAAUAAGACAAACUUGAACGUCAAGGAAAUGUUGGAAAAAACCAUUGUUGAAACCGAUGCUUAUAUUACUGCUCUAAAAGAAGAAAUAGUAGAAUUGGAGGUUCAGAAAUCUUUGUUCGAACAAUCUGUGACAAGCAAUUCGGGCGUAUGGAGGAAAAAAUUGGAAGACUGCUGGAAACAACAUGGUGGAUCAAUGUCAACUUGGACGCAGAAAUUUAAUGGAAAUCAGACAUAUGCCUUGCUGAAACCUCAAGCAAUAGAUGCAAUGUUUGAUUUAUUUCCGAGUACUCCACAAUUGGAGCACUUAAGAACAGCAGCAAAACAUCUCGGAAUUAUAAUGAGCAUGUGCAAAACUGAGCGAUUCGAUGCCGAUGAUCAUGCCAAAUUCGACGCAUCGUUGAAAGGAUUUUGCUCUGAACUCAUUGCCGCGGUUCCUGAAGACCAUCCGAUUGUCAAAUUCCAUAUGCUCGAUAAACAUGUACCAGAUUUCGUAAAGAUGUUUGAUUCUUGGGCUUUUGUUUCGGAACAAGGAGUGGAAGGAAUUCAUGCAUAUGUUAAUGCCCUAUUCAGACAGUGAGUUUUUGUCAAAACAUUCUGACAACAAAUCUCAUUUUUCAGUUAUGCUUCGGCGAAAAAUCCAGAACUUAUUCUUAGAAGAGUCUUCACCAGAAUUCUGCUAAACAACAAGAUGGUCGACAAUUAUAACUUUUCGUGA